AUGAUAGAGAGCCACCAGUCUAUUCAGGAUGCUCAGAAGAUCAUGGCGGACGAAGCUGCGGAGUCUUGGGCCAAGGAAGUGGCUGUUGACAAGGUGUCGGUGGGCUCGGUAGAGCCUGCCAGGACCAUCGGGCGUACGGCACGGAACCGGGGGCUGUCUCCACAGAUUUACAAGGAGAUCGACCUUGCAAAGGAGCUUCUGCAGGACACGGUGGUCAUGAUGUCCCUGUGUGCCAUGGCGAAGGCACUGGGCCGGGGGCUGCCCCCGCGGACCCUCGAGGCGGCGAUGCAGGUGUCGCUGCGUGCCCUGGUGGCGGCACGGGGUCGGGAGCGCUUCCCGCGGACCCUGAGGGCCACCGCGCCUGUGCUGGCGGCUGAGCUGGCAGGCUGCACCGUCGAUGCCCCGCCGCCCGCAGGCGCAGAGCAGGUGAGGUCUGCGCCAGAACGUCUCCAGCUCCUCGACUCGAGCCUCGUUGCCCUCUGCACGGUUCCGCGCUCGCGCCGAAGCUCGUCGCGCCAUUUUGAGUGCCAAGUGCUCGGCGUUGGCGUGCCAGAGUGGCAGAGCGCGGAGGUCUACGUACCAGGGCUGGACCUCAACGGCUGCCCGCGGUGCCCCCGCGCCUCGUGGGCGGCCGGCGCCGGCUGCCUCGCGGCGGGGGGGCAGCACUGGGCGCUGAUCGAGCUGCUGGCGCGCGAUCGGCGCUUCCGCGGGCCCAUGCUGGCGCUGUGGAUGUCGGACUUCGGCGGCUCGAUCCACGGGCCGGUGAUCACGUUUUUCUUUCUCGAGCUCGGCGCCAGCCCCUUCGACGUCGGGGUCUUCGGCUUCUGCCGGGCGGCGGGCGCCCUGCUCCUCUCGCCGCUGUACGGCCGCUGGGUCGACCGCAGGGGCCUCCUCUGGCCCCUGCUGGCCUGCGUGGGCCUCUGCGGCCUCGGCUGCCUGGUGCGCGGCGCGGCCACGGAGCUGCGGCACCUCUACGCGGCGCAGCUCCUCGUGGGCAUGGGCGGCGGCAGCAGCUGGAGCAUGGUGAAGGGCCACGUGGCGCGCCACACCGGGGAGGCCCAGCGCCCCGUCGUCAUUGCCGGGCUGCGCCUGCAGAUGGUGGUCCUGUCCUUCUCGAAGGUGCUCUACCCGGCGACUCCCUGCUUCGGGCCCUCUUCCGCUUCCGCACGGACCUCGCCUGCUACCGCGCGGUCGUGGCCACCUGCAUGGCCUUCUGCUGGAUUGGCAUCGCGUUGCCUCCUGGCCUUCCCCCCGCCGCCGAACAGCGGAGACCCGGGCGACGGCACGCAGGACGCACGCCAGAAGGCGGAGCAGCCGCCUGGCCUGGGGGCCGCGGGAGUUUGCCCUCGCGUCCUCCGCGGACACGCUGGCCGUGGCGGCGGCGCUCCUGGUCUAUAG